AUGGAUGAAGAAAGGUCCGUGGACAGUCCCCGUUUCCGAAACGAAGAAUGGUAUUUGGUAGCGCAGAUUAUCAUGAAACCUCUCGCCAUCGCCGCCACUCUCGCCGCCGCCUGGCUCAUCGUCACCGCCAAGGAGACCUCCGUCAUCAUCGAGUUCAAGGACGUGGAGCGGCACAUGUAUGGAUUUUCCAUCAAGUUCUUCGCCGUCGCAAACAUUGUUGCAUUUGUCUACUCUCUAAUCACGCUUCUCUCCAGUUUCUGCGCCAGGCGUAAAACCCUUCUUCCGCGGUUACACUCCUCCCUUUUCCUCUAUGAUAUGAUUGCGUUCGUAUUGCUGUUUUUGGCCGUGAUGAGGUUCUGCAUGACGGGGGACAGCAAUACGGGAUGGGAUCCAAUCUGCCAUGAUUUCCCCAAAUUCUGCACAAGAUCCACUGUUGCAAUUGAACUUUUUAAUGACACGGUCGUUUCGACAUGGUAUUAA